CUGGAAGCUCCUUUUUUCCUGAUCUGAUCACUUUAACAUUCUUUACAUUCUUUACAUUCUUUACAUUCAUUCUUCAGAAGAGUUCAUCUCUCAGCCCCAUACGACAACAACACACACCUCUACAUUCACUCGCAUAUAAUUCAAAAUGUCUGGAAACAUCGGUUGGGACGAUGAGAUUGUCCUUCGUAAGCGUGCUGAGCAUACCAAGGUCACCCGCUCCUCUGCUGACAUCAACGCUGCCCGCCGUGCAGGUGCUGUUGUCUCUACAGAGCGCAAGGCUGUCACUAAUGCUGGACAUGUUGGUGAAGAUUUCCGACGCAUUGCCAAGUUGGCUGAGACUGAUGAGAUUGUUGCACCCAAGGCCGUCUCCAUGGAUGUUGGAAAGGCCAUUGCAAAGGCUCGUAUUGAAUUGAAGAUGAACCAGAAGGAGCUUGGUGUCAAGGUUAACGAGAAGCAGACUGUCAUCAACGACUAUGAGGCUGGGCGUGCUGUUCCUAACCAGCAGAUUCUUGGAAAGUUGGAGCGUGCUCUUGGAGUCAAGCUACGUGGCAAGGAUAUUGGCUCUCCCUUGACCUUCGGAAAGAAGUAAACUCUGGUCGCUGAUCGACCCUUUUUUUU